AUGGUGAGGAGCAGGGCGCUGUGGAGCUGCUGCCUGCAGCUCGCCGCGCUGCCUUCAGCGGCGGGCUGGUCAGGUGGGAAGCCGCAGCCGUUCAACGGCUCCUGCUGGAGAGCUGCGGAGCCGCCGCGGAGGGGGUGGAGCGGCACCAUGGAGGAGGAGGAGGAGGACGAGACUCCUCAGGGGCAGCAGCAGCCCGGGAGUUCUCUUCAGAAGGAUAUGGAUAAGAAAAUGGAUGAAGAGCAGCCUUUGACUGUGUGUAACCAGUACCCUAAAGAAGUGGUGAGGAAACGUCAGAAUUCGGGUCGAGGUUCCAGGGGCAGCGAUUCUUCCAGGACCUCCAGGAAAAGCUUCAGGCUGGACUACAGAUUAGAAGAGGAUGUAACUAAAUCAAAGAGAGGCAAAGAUGGGAAAUUUGUCAACCCGUGGCCAACGUGGAAAUCACCAACCUUGCCAAAUAUUUUGAAAUGGUCCCUCAUGGAAAAAAAUAACAGCAAUGUGCCGUGCUCAAAGCAGGAACUCGAUAAAGAGCUUCCAGUGUUAAAACCUUACUUUGUUCAAAAGCCGGAACUUGCUGGGAAGACAGGAACUGGUAUGCGAGUCACGUGGUUGGGACAUGCCUCGGUUAUGGUGGAAAUGGAUGAACUUAUAUUUCUUACCGACCCAAUCUUCAGCCAGCGAGCUUCCCCUACUCAGCUGAUGGGUCCCAAGCGCUUCCGAGGACCUCCGUGCACAGUAGAGCAGCUCCCCAAAAUAGAUGCAGUCAUGAUCAGCCAUACCCAUUAUGAUCAUUUGGACUACAACACUGUAAUGAGUUUAAAUGAACGCUUUGGGAGUGAGCUGCGCUGGUUUGUGCCUCUGGGGCUCUUGGACUGGAUGCAGAGAUGCGGUUGUGAGAAUGUGAUUGAACUGGAUUGGUGGGAAGAGAACUGCGUCCCUGGUCGUGAUGCAGUAACUUUUGUCUUCACCCCUUCUCAACAUUGGUGCAAAAGGACUGCGACAGAUGACAACAAGGUUCUUUGGGGCAGCUGGUCUGUCUUGGGACCUUGGAAUAGGUUUUUCUUUUCAGGUGAUACUGGAUAUUGUGUUGCUUUUGAACAGAUAGGUAAAAGGUUUGGACCUUUUGAUCUUGCAGCCAUCCCCAUCGGAGCUUAUGAGCCAAGGUGGUUUAUGAAAUACCAGCACGUGGAUCCUGAAGAAGCAGUAAGAAUCCAUAUUGAUGUUCAAGCAAAGAAGUCUGUAGCAAUUCAUUGGGGGACCUUUGCUUUAGCAAAUGAGUAUUACUUGGAUCCUCCAGUUAAAUUGAAUGAAGCUCUUGAAAGAUACGGCUUGAAAAAAGACGACUUCUUUGUCUUAAACCAUGGAGAAUCCCGGGACUUGAGUACAAAUGAUGGGUUUGAAUAAUGAAACAGUAGCAGGUCCUUGUAAGCCUGUUUGAACUAGCAACUCAUGUUACAAAUAUUAAUACGAUGUACUUACAAAGUAGAUUUUUUUGGAGUGAAUUGGAUUUUUAGAUGCCAGGUUUGUCAGUUUCAGAACUAAAACUUGCUUACCAAUUUCAUGAUAAAUUUUACUAGUUAUAUUCUUUAUAAAUUUUGAGACGUGAUCUAAAAACUGGUUAAUAUAUGAUAUUGUCUGGGAAUAACUUGCGUUUUCAACUCUUAUGUACACCACUGAUAAAUUACUGUUGUUUUUAAAACUCUUCAUCUUACCUGCAGCAGCAAUAAUAACCUCAGUGCAGGACAUAUUCUUAGAAUUAAUGGCUGACUUGAAUUAGUCAUUGUUACAAUGUCAUCUCCCACUUGUUGGUCAUUAAUCUUCAGGUUAUGCCCUGUACCUUGAUAGCUUCAGUGUAUGUUUUGUGGGGUGGAGUCUUCCAAUACGGCUGUGUUGUUAAAGCACAAGCGCAGUAAAAUAAUUAUUUUACUGAGUGCUUCUACAUUUUCAUAUAUUGACAAACCACAAAAGCUGAAUUCUACAAUGAUCUAAAGAAACGUGCCUUUUAAAGAGAGAGAGAAUUUAGUAUUGCAUCAUUGAUGUGUAAAACUUACUGCUGGCCAGAGUAUCUGCACACUUUCAUUGUUUUGUCAAUGUUUUUAAGUUAGGCCUGAAUGUGUCUAAAAUAACUUUCUUGUCAAAUGCAGUACAUGAAAUGGAAAAUCCCUUAAUGGCGCUUGCCUUUGCAUUGACGGCCUAUUACCAAGUACUUUUUUUUUUUUUUUAAGUGAAAAGUCUUAAGCAAGGGCUGUGGUAUUUUUUCUUAUAGCUUCUCUAUAAUUUUAAAGUUGAAUGAGAGAUUACAACAUUGUUCAGUAUUGUAAAACUUGGCUAAAUGUAUCUGUAUCAAAUUGCCGUGCUAAUUUACAGAAUUAAAGCCUAUUGUUGCCAAUAA